CACCCACUUCUUCUGCUCGUGAAAGGGGACGGCCCUCCAGUUUCUCUCACACCACGUGGUUUCCUUUUUGCAAACAAAAAAAUUGACUCAAUUUUUUUCAGGUCGAUUUUAUUUAGAGGCGGUGCCAGCGGCUGCAAGAAGGUCCUGUGACAGCGUUGGGUACGACUGUACGAGGUUUGGGGCAACGCGAAGGGAACAUUUUUUUUUUCUGAUCCCGCCAUACUACCCCGGCUUCAGUUUGAUCCGAGACGAAACUCUUCAUUUAAUAAUUUUCCAAGAGGGAGGUCUUACUAUUUUUUUCCCAGUGGCUCAGUUUCUCAGAAGCGUCCACUCUUCGCCUUCCAUUCAAUUGAUUCGAACAUUUUCAGUUCCGCUUAACUUUUCGUUUGAGUUGUCGGCUUUGUGACACUUGCAUUUUUUCUGAUUUGUUAUUUGCAAUACCUGUUUGUUGGACUGAGUCAAAAUAUUUGCUUCAACACCUCUAAACCGUUUCGGUUUUUCUGGGGGGGGUGACGAUCUUACUAUCCAACAUGAACAAGCUAUACAUUGGAAAUUUGAGUGAAAACGUGACACCAGAGGACUUAGAGAAAGUCUUUCAGGACUGCAAGAUUCCAUUCACCGGACAGUUUUUGGUAAAGACUGGCUAUGCGUUUGUCGAUUGUCCAGAUGACCAAUGGGCAAUGAAAGCCAUCGAGUCAUUUUCUGGAAAAGUGGAGCUGCACGGUAAACGCAUUGAGGUGGAGCACUCAGUCCCUAAAAAGCAAAGGACACGUAAAAUUCAGAUCAGGAACAUUCCGCCCCAUCUGCAGUGGGAGGUACUUGACGGUCUGCUGGCUCAAUAUGGCACUGUGGAUAACUGUGAACAAGUAAACACAGAGAGCGAGACUGCUGUGGUGAAUGUCACCUACGGGACAAGAGAGCAGGCCAGACAGGCAAUCCAGAAGCUGAAUGGCUACCAGUUUGAGAACAAUGCCCUUCGAGUCUCCUACAUUCCAGAUGAACAGUCAGCCCAGCAAGGACAGCAGAGCCCAGACAAUGGCCGGCGAGCAGGAUAUGGACCCCGUGGGGUACCCCGCCAGAGCUCACCAGGGACUGUGGCUACUCCAAAGCACCAGCAUUCCGACAUCCCCCUGCGCCUCCUUGUACCAACGCAAUAUGUGGGUGCCAUCAUUGGAAAAGAGGGGGCAACCAUCCGCAAUAUCACAAAACAGACUCAGUCUAAGAUUGACGUCCAUCGUAAAGAAAAUGCUGGAGCUGCUGAGAAGCCCAUCAGCAUCCAUUCAACCCCAGAAGGCUGUUCUGCUGCCUGCAAGAUGAUCCUGGAAAUCAUGCAGCAGGAGGCAAAGGAUACCAAGACCGCGGAAGAAGUCCCCUUGAAGAUUCUUGCCCACAAUAACUUUGUAGGAAGGCUGAUUGGCAAGGAAGGACGCAACCUGAAGAAAGUGGAGCAGGAUACCGAUACGAAGAUCACCAUUUCACCGCUGCAAGAUCUCACACUAUAUAACCCAGAGAGGACGAUAACUGUGAAAGGUUCCAUCGAAGCCUGCUGCCAGGCCGAGCAGGAGAUCAUGAAGAAGGUGCGGGAAGCCUAUGAAAACGACAUGGCAGCAUUGAACCUUCAAGCCCACUUGAUUCCAGGAUUGAACCUUAAUGCACUUGGAAUCUUCCCACCUUCAUCUUCCUCAGUGCCACCUCCUCCUGGGAACUCGGCUUCUGCUGCCCCUUAUGGAUCAUUUGCGCAGACACCAGAGCAAGAGACGGUCAAUGUAUUUAUCCCAGCUCAAGCAGUGGGAGCCAUUAUUGGGAAGAAAGGACAGCACAUCAAACAGCUUUCACGAUUUGCUGGAGCCUCCAUCAAGAUUGCUCCACCUGAAUCUCCCGACUCAAAAAUCCGGAUGGUGAUCAUCACUGGGCCCCCUGAAGCACAGUUCAAGGCACAAGGCAGAAUCUAUGGAAAACUCAAGGAAGAGAACUUCUUUGGACCCAAAGAGGAGGUCAAAUUAGAGACGCACAUCAAGGUGGCUGCCACAGCAGCAGGAAGAGUAAUUGGCAAAGGCGGGAGGACGGUGAAUGAGCUGCAGAACUUGACAGCUGCCGAGGUGGUGGUACCAAGAGAACAGACACCCGACGAGAAUGAUCAGGUCAUCGUCAAAAUUAUUGGGCAUUUCUAUGCAAGCCAGCUGGCACAGCGCAGGAUCAGGGAUAUUCUGACGCAAGUAAAGCAGCAGCAGCAGAAAGGAGCAGGUGGGCAGCAAUCUCUGCAGCAGCACCAUCCACAGCAACCCCACGUGCCACAGGAUGCCCAACAGCCCUUGCACACUGUUCCCCAGCAAGUACCACCACAGACACGCCGGAAGUGAAGAGCAGACAGGCAGCAGGGCGGCAAUGCAAUGAACCAGAGAAGGAAAAAUGACAAAAAAAAAGAGAGAACCCUGCUAGAGAGAUUUUGAAAGCAUAUAUAUAUUUAUAUAUAUAUAGAUAUAUAUAUAUAUACAUAGUGAGAGAGACGGAAAUAAAAAAAAAAAAUAUGAAAACAGAGACCAGAUGCCAGGCCAGAGGGUGACUGGAAAUGCAUAACCCAUGCUGGGGGUAGUGGGUGAGAAGGGGGGUCCAAAGGGGAAGGGGUUUUUGGGCAUAUUUGCAACACUGUGGUUCAGUGCUGAGACAUAGUCAAGUGAUGGGGAUGAUGUUGGCAGCAAAGGGGGCAAUGUUGCAUGUCCUUCUGUGGCACACGGCACCUUUCCAAAUUCUCAGCUCCCCACUCAUUAUGGGAGCUGGUGGUCUGUAAUAAGGUGGCAGCCUCUUUUUUUUUAUUUUUAACCAAACCGUGUGUGUUUUCUUGCAUGGGGGCACCUCAUCCCCCUUACUUCCAAGAGAGUCCAAUUAUGGGAUUCAUUUCCAGUCACUCUUAGUUUUCCAGGUCUUUUUUUUUUUUAAAAAAAGAAGUAUAUAUAUAAAUAGAUUAAACUAUUAUAUUACAACAAAGAGGAAACCUUAAACGGUGGACCAGGGUGUGUUGGGUAAGGCGGAUUGCAGUUCUGUACUCCAACAGUUGGUGGGGGGCAUAGGGAUGAGAACAAGCGAUUUUGUAGAUAAGCCUCUCCUGCCAUUAAAGGUGCCUUUCGGGCCUUUUCUUUUUUAACUUGGGCAAUUCAAGCAGGGUGUAGCUACCCUGCCAUUGAUUAUGGGACACGGGUGUCAAACCACCCCACCCACAACUACCUAACCUUUAAUAAUCCAGCGACUCUAUAAGGGGAAUGAUAACUAAAAAUUAAAGGAACCACACUACCCCUUUGCCAGGCGGCAUAAAAUUACUGACAAGUUCUCAAGUGGGCAAUGUGAAAAGAUGCCUCAUGAGUACCAGAGAAAAUAUUUUAAAAAUGGAACACACUGAAAGAGGCUUUCUGUUUGUGUGAUGUUCUGGAAUAUCAUGCAUGAGGUAACAGUUAUCCAUGCUUCAUAUUCCACAUCCCCACCAGCCCCCACACACAAUGAGCUUUUUUUUAAUCAAAAUAUUAAUUUUA